AUGGGCUUGUGUCGCGGGCGGGCUAGAUUAGGUCACAAGGAAGGAAUCAGGCUGAUGCGAAUUACGGAAGGCAGCAACCGCGAUGAGCGAGCGCCUCAAGCGUCAGCUUGCAGAACGGGCUGGUACGUUGGUCACGAUGGACGACAGGUCUGGGUUGAGGCUCGCGAGACGGUCUUCACCUGCGACAAGCCCGAGGACGAUUUACCCACCAGGCAGCUGACAUACCUGGCCUCAAACUUGCAGAAGACUGUUUUUGCAGAGCAUGCCGUUGACGACCUCGAUGGCAAGAAAGGCAAGAAGAAGGACAAACAAGCUGGACGGCAGCGUGGAUUCAUCGUGCGGGUGGACCAGGACGAGCGAGUGAAUGUUCUGCCUUCCGUGCAGGCUGCUGUGGACAAGCUCCAGAGCAGCGGGGCAGUUUCGCGUGUGGAUUUGGACGAGACCGAGGGCAAGAAGAGGAACAAGAAAGGGCGCGACAACGACGAGGCGCUCAGACAUCAGAGCACAGCUGCUUCAGAAGAAUUUCUAUUCAUAUCCUAUUGUUCUACCGAGUUGUUCUUAAUAGUGUUGUUCAUAUUAUCUCACUUCUAUUCCAUAUGGUUCUACCGAGUUGUUCUUAUAGUAUUGCUCAUAUUCAUAUCAUAUUCUUCUACCGACUUGUUCUUAAUAGCAUUGCUCAUAUUCAUAUCAUAUUCUUCUACCGAUUUGUUCUUAAUAGCAUUGAAUUGCUCAUAUUCAUAUCAUUUUGGUCUACCAGGCCAAUUUGUUCUUGUAGUAUUGCUCAUAUUCUCUCACUUCUGUUCUGCGAAGAGGCCAAAGAGACAACGGAGGAACCGGAGCCAGGCCUACCCCUUGGAGUGA